AAUGUUAGCUCCAUUUUCUUAGCAUAAUCAUAAUCAUAAUCAUAAUCAUAAUCAUGAUCAUAAUCAUUCUCAUCCAGAUUUCUAAGCUUAACAAAAGGCUUAACCAUAAUAUACAUAAGAAUAGAUCUAAUAAAAACAUAAAGAAAUUGAUAAUGUAAAUUUAUAGGAGUAUUUUGUAGAUCAUAAAAUCUAAUUAAGUUGUGUUAUUCAUGAAGGGAACUCCAACUUAACCAAUGUGUGGAUAUUCCAAUUAUGCUGUUUAAGUACUUUAAUUUUACAAAGUAUAAAAUUAUCAUUCUGUUGAUAUUCUAUCUGAUCCUUUGAUGAGAGAAGAGAUAAAGAAAUAUUCAAACUGGCCUACAUUCCCAUAAUUAGUAUUAAUUUAAUAAUAUAAAAAAUAUAGUAUGUAAAAUAAGAAUUAGUUGGUGGAUGUGAUAUAAUGAUGGAAAUGCAUAAAGAAGGUACAUUAAAAGAAUUAUUUAAAAAAAUAUGAUUAUUAAUAAUAUAAUAUAUAUAUUAUAUGUUAAAAAUAGAGGAAUAAAAUUACUCAAGACAAUUAAUUAAGUAAGACAAAGAACUAUCAUAAUUUAUAAAAUAUCUAGAAUUACAAAAUGAAGUAAAUGAAAAAAACAAAGAGAAAGAAUUUAGAAUGAAACAGAAAGAAUCAAUUAUACUUGGUUAAAGGUAGUAAAAGAAAUAAGAACAUGAAUUUUAAGCUAGAUUAAAGUAAUUAGAAUUAUCAUCAAUAAGAGAAAAAUAUGAUGAAUCAUUAACAAUGAAGAAUAAAGUAAUUAAGAAAUUUAUAUUCAGAGUCUUGAAUAGAGAUUAUAGAAUUAAGAGUAAAGACAUUAAUAGAUAUUACAGGAUGCUAAAAUUAAAAGAGAAGAGUAAGCUAAUUUAAGAAGUCUUCAUUUAAGAGAUUCUGUUGAUUAAGCUAUAGCAAAGGCAAAUUUAAUUCAUUAAGAUAAGAUAGAUUAUUUUAACUAUUAAUAAACACGUAAAGAANUAAAAUAUAUUAAGAAUAUUUAAUUUAAGAAUGAUUAAAAGAAUAUCAAAGUAGAUGAUGAAAAUGCCUUAAUUAUACUUUACUACAAGAAUGUUAGCUCCAUUUUCUUAGCAUAAUCAUAAUCAUAAUCAUAAUCAUAAUCAUGAUCAUAAUCAUUCUCAUCCAGAUUUCUAAGCUUAACAAAAGGCUUAACCAUAAUAUACAUAAGAAUAGAUCUAAUAAAAACAUAAAGAAAUUGAUAAUGUAAAUUUAUAGGAGUAUUUUGUAGAUCAUAAAAUCUAAUUAAGUUGUGUUAUUCAUGAAGGGAACUCCAACUUAACCAAUGUGUGGAUAUUCCAAUUAUGCUGUUUAAGUACUUUAAUUUUACAAAGUAUAAAAUUAUCAUUCUGUUGAUAUUCUAUCUGAUCCUUUGAUGAGAGAAGAGAUAAAGAAAUAUUCAAACUGGCCUACAUUCCCAUAAUUAGUAUUAAUUUAAUAAUAUAAAAAAUAUAGUAUGUAAAAUAAGAAUUAGUUGGUGGAUGUGAUAUAAUGAUGGAAAUGCAUAAAGAAGGUACAUUAAAAGAAUUAUUUAAAAAAAUAUGA